UGGCUUUUUUGUUUUUCGGGGUUUUUGUCACACCAGCAGCGACAUGUUUGUUUAGACCUGUGGUUUCACUGGACCCUCCCACUGCACAGACCCUCCCACAUCUGCAUCAGGCCACUAACACUCUGUGGUAGGGAGCAGGUGGACGAGACUGGGGAAGUGGAGGCAUGCUCUGGAAGAAUGACAGUCAACAGAAGCGAGACAGAAAGGUGAACGCACACGGAGUAGAUGGUGAAGAUGGAUGAGAUGAAAUACCUGGGGUCAACCAUCCACAGUAACGGAGAGUGCACAAGACAGGAUCUUCAUGUGUCGCAGGGAGCCGUGGACAGCUCAGUGGAUAUGGACCGCCUGAACAGGAACAUGCCGGAGUGUGGACGGCAAACUCACCAGGUGUUACAGAGCACCCCGCUGGACCUGAUCGAGACUGGAAAGGGGCUGAAGUUCCAAGCAGAGCGCCCCCACUUGGUGAGCUUGGGGAGUGGACGACUGAGCACAGCCAUCACCCUGCUGCCCCUGCCUGAGGGCCGGACCACUCUGGGUCAUGGUCCCAUGGACAUCAGCAUCCAGGGUCCUGGUGUGGCAGCUCAGCACUGCUACAUAGAGAACAGGUCGGGGGUUAUCACGCUGCACCCCUGUGGGAACCUCUGUGCUGUUGAUGCCAUCCAGAUUAGACAGCCCACUCGCCUGUCACAAGGCUGCAUGCUGUGUUUUGGCCAAUCAGCCUUCUUUCGCUUCAACCACCCUGAGGAAGCCUUCAGGAUGAAGAGUAUGAUGCCCCAAGGAGGAAGUAUCUCUGCUGGGGACUACAGACUCUGUGCAGACACAGAGAGCUUGGUCAAUGGGAAUCACCAGCCCAGUGCAGCCCAGUGUCCCCCAGCUCCUGGAGAGAAAGUCCAAUCCGAGCACAGCGCUAUCGUCAGCUCUAUUGAGAGGGACCUCCAGGAGAUCAUGGAUUCUCUAGUCAUGGAUGACCCUCAGCCUUCUUCAUCGGACGCCAUGAAGCCUCCCGGAGGCCAGUCCGCAGCUCACUCUCCUCUGUCGCCCAUGGUCAACGGAGGGGGCCGGUAUCUGUUAUCGCCUCCUACCAGCCCAGGGGCCAUGUCUGUGGGGUCCAGCUAUGAGAACACAUCGCCUCCUUUUUCCCCACUGUCCUCCCCCUCAGCAGCCAGCAGUGGAAGCUUUACCAGUCCAUCUCCUAGUGGAGGACCCCAGGACCAGAGUUCUUCUCUGCCGCCAGUGCCUGUACGCUCCUCUAGCUACAACUUCACCGCCCAGCCUCCGCCGGUACCCCAGCCACGGACCAUACUGCCUAACUUCAGCAGCAGUGGGGUGAGCCAAAAGGUUCAGGAAAGCCCCAGGUUGCCGCGAAAGGUCUUAACGGAGGCUCCUCCAAGCCCCAAGCCAAGCCACACAGGACUGGGCCAAGCUGGGUCUGAGAGCCCUCGGCAGACCCCCCUUCUGUCCUCCAGUGAAUCUCUUAGCGGUAGAAACGCUGUGCCAAGUAGCCCCAGGCCCACACCCAAGUUUCCGACCUGUUCAUCCCCAUCGCCCUCCAGCCCCAGGACCAAGACUACCACAGUGCUCCAGGAAAGACCUGCCAGCCCCUUCAGAGAGCACGCCCCUCUGGCCGAUCGCUCUCUCACUUCCAGCCCCUCCAGGCAGCUUUCUCAACCCACCAGAGCGUUCCAGCCUCCCCUGGACCCCAUCGUCCACAUAAUCCAAGGAUCACCUCUCCAGCAGCAUCCGCGCUCGUUGCAGCCCCCGGAAAGCCCUCACUUGGCCCGGAGGAACGUGGAGGUGAACGGGGGCGGUGGAGCAGGCAGCAGUAUGAGAGAGUUGCCACCUUUAAGCCCCUCCUUGGCUCGCAGAGGGGUUCCAGUUCUCCCAGGGGCACUUCCGGGCACGGUGAACCCACUGAGGACUCUGGACAGCCCCUCAAAUCUGGGCAAGGUUGUUCCAGAGAGCCCCAGACUUCGGCGCAGGUCAGAGGAGCAGACUUGCAGCAGAGGCAUCCGAGCUCGCAGCCCAUCCCCUACCUCGUUGUUGACGGAGGGCAGCGUCGGGGGUGCAGGGGUACGGAAAGCGAGCUUUGGGAAUUCCUUGUCGCCUGCUUACAGUCUGGGCUCGUUGCCGGGUUCCUCUCCUGUAGCCAGCCCAAGGACCCACAGAAAGAUGUCUGCAGGGAGACUGCACCCCGGUAUGAGGGAGAGGAAGAACAGCAUCACAGAGAUCAGCGACAACGAGGACGAUCUGCUGGAGUACCACCGACGACAGAGAGAGGAGAGGCUCCGCGAGCAGGAGAUGGAGAGGCUGGAGAGACAGCGACUAGAGACCAUCUUAAACCUCUGUGCUGAGUACAACAAAGGAGAGGGCACCGGCCUGGAUCCGCUGUGCUUGGGGAGGUCGGGAUUCCCGGGAUGUCUGGAGAACGUGCCGGGAGGGACGGCGUCUUCAAGCACGCUCCGCCUAGCACAGAGACAGAGGGAGAGCGACGAGGAGAACCUGAAGGAGGAGUGUAGUAGCACAGAGAGCACUCAUCAGGAGGUGAGGACGUCUCCUGCUCCCAGCGCAGCGUCCACACUGCACAAUGGAGACAGACAGCACGAGGACUCCUCCAGCGCAGGCAGCGGCGGUCGUGCGGAGCUGGGCUACCUGGAGGAAGAGCGGGUCCGUGUCCUGGCUCGGAUCGACGAGCUCAAAACCCGGCUCACAGAACUGGAGCAGCAACUCCAAGAGUCCAAACAGGAGGCUGAGAUGGAGCGCGCCUUGCUGCAGGGCGAGAGGCAGGCAGAGCUCGACCAGAUAGAGACCGAAGCAGAUAUCAUCGCUCAGCUGCAGCACAAGCUGGACGAGCUGGAGAGCGCCAUCCAGAGAGAGAAAGACAAGGAGAGGGCUAAUGUUGAGGCCGAGCGCCGGGUUCUGCAGAGCCUCCAGGAGGGCUACGCUGAGCUGAAGAACCAGCUUCAUAAUUGUCCCGAGUCCCUGCGGGAACAGUUGCAGGAACAGCUCAAAAGGGAUGGAGAGGCACUGGAAGCAGGAACUAAAAAGUUUGAGGACCUGGAGUUUCAGCAGCUGGAGAGAGAGAGCAGCCUGGAGGAAGAGCGAGAAACCAUCAGCCAGCAGCUGCUCCAGGAGAGAGCCGAGUACCAGCACAGCGUGGCCAGGAGGAAGGAGAAGGUGUCGGCUCUGGAGAACCAGGCCAACCAGCUCGGCCUGCAGGCAGCUCAGGAGUGUGAGCGGCUGGCUAAAGACCGAACGCUCACACUGCAGAUGCUCCAGAAGGAGAAGGAGAGGCUGUCGGCCCUUGAGAGGAGAUACCACUUUCUGACUGGAGGAAAGAGCUUCCCCAAGUCCUCCACCGCCAUGAGGGAGGAAGCGCUCCAUAUCAGCGAGGCCCACCUGUCGUUGGAGGACUUCCGCUCCCAGCGCUCCCUGUGUCGAGCCUGUCCUUCCUACUUACACCCCUCCCCUCCCUGUCAGUUGUACCCCAGCAGCCCUACAGAGGAUUAUGUGACAGUGGGCCAGUUAAAUCAGAUGUAUGGGAUGCCAAAGGUGGAGUCGUCCCCUACCUCCCCACUUCGCCAGCCCCUGCAGCCCGGAGCAGUAGACCCCACCUUCUCCUGCCUCCCCUCUCCUCAUGCCUCCUUCCCCCCUCUCUCAUUAGAGUCUGAAGGCUGCAGGCCUCACCUGUCCAAGCUAGACUUAGAGCAGUGGUACCAGGAGCUGACGGCUGGCUCCAGCCACCUCUGCCCUCCCUCUUUGCCAGCCAGAUGUUUGUCGGGCCGCAGGCCUGUGCUGCAGGUGUUCCGCUCCAAGCUGGACGCCGAUCCCGGCUUUUCCUUCCACCAGCCUAAGUCCGGCUCUGCUUCCCCCCUGCAGCAUGGAGCAGCAACGCUGGGACGCAACACGGGCUCCAAGCAGAGCCCCCUGCUGGCGGUCGGCAGCACCGGAAGCCUCCCCAGGAACCUGGCUGCAACGCUGCAGGACAUCGAGACCAAGAGGCAGCUGGCUCUGCAGCAGAAAGGUCAGCAGGUGAUCGAAGAGCAGCGCCGCCGUCUGGCCGAGCUCAAGCAAAGAGCAGCAGCGGAGGCUCAGUGCCAGUGGGAGGCCCUCCACUGCUCCCAGCCCCACCUCGUAACCUCGACCUCCCCGUCUCCCUCCUACUCACCCAUCAUGGCCUACAGCCCCGUGCUGAGCCAUACUUCCUUGGGCCCCCCUCCUCUGGUUCACCACUCCAUCCUGCACCAUCAGCCCCCGUCGGCCGGGGAGCAGCCGUACGACACCCUGAGCCUGGAGAGCUCGGACAGCAUGGACACCAGCGUGUCCACCGGGAACAACUCGGCCUGCUCGCCUGACAACAUGAGCGGCGUCGGAGGUGUGGACGCCCUGAAGAUCGAGGAGAUGGAGAAGAUGCUGAAGGAGGCGCAGCUGGAGAAAGCCAGACUUAUCGAAUCGCGGGAACGGGAGAGCCUGGCUCGCCGGCAGAUGCUCGAGGAGGAGAGGCGGAGGAGGGAGGAGGCCGAGAAGAGGCUGCAGGAUGAAACUUUCCACCGGCAGCAGCUGGUGGAGAAGGAAGUCAAGAUGAGGGCCAAGAACUUCUCUCAGGCCCGUCCUAUGACUCGCUACCUGCCCAUCAGGAAGGAGGAGUUUGAUCUGCGCUCGCACAUCGAGUCGUCGGGUCACAGCGUGGAGACGUGCUAUCACGUCAUCCUCACCGAGAAGAUGUGCAAGGGCUACCUGGUGAAGAUGGGAGGCAAGAUCAAGUCGUGGAAGAAACGCUGGUUCGUGUUCGACCGCCUCAAAAGGACGUUCUCCUACUAUGUUGACAAACACGAGACCAAGCUGAAGGGAGUGAUCUACUUCCAGGCCAUAGAGGAGGUUUACUACGAUCACCUGCGCAGCGCCACAAAGAGCCCCAACCCCUCGCUGACCUUCUGCGUCAAGACCCACGACCGCCUCUAUUACGUGGUGGCCCCCUCGGCCGAGGCCAUGAGGAUCUGGAUGGACGUGAUCGUCACGGGAGCGGAGGGGUACACGCAGUUCCUGAACUAAGAAGAGCGCUGGGACAAGCCGGCGGCUUUGGCGGGGACGCUCCCAUCACAGACUCUUCCUGUUUCCUGUCCUCCGACGGCUCGCCUUCCUGUUUUACUUUUGAAUCUAACAUCUUUGAUUUGACCGUGUACUUGUUUCCACCUCCACUCUAUGUGAUUCUGUCUGGAUUUAAAAAGGGAGGAAACGUGCGCACGCACACACACGCACACACACGCACACACACGCACACACGUCUGUAUAUAAACCAAAUGUAAACCUGUCAAAGACUUUAUUACAAAGCCUUUCUAUAUUGCCAAAUGGAGAUCUUAUAGUUAACUGUUUGUUGAACUUUUGUAUUUUUUGUUCCUUUAUUUCUUUUUUACUUGUAGAGAAAAUUGCCAAAUCACACGAUGCCAAUGUGUUUUCCUUUCAUGACUUUGUUAGACAGGAAUAGUUCAAUCGAAUCCUGUAAUCAUUUUUAGAAAUAUUUGAAAAAAAAUCUCAUUUCCAAUGUGUAACCUGAGAAAUACUGUAACCCCUGAGUGAGCCGGAGCUGGAGAGGACGUUUGUAACGGCGAAACACAGAGGAGCGCGUUUCAGCUUCACACUGAAGACAAUGAGCCAAUCACACUAAGCCAAUCAGCAUCCACAGCUACACCCACGGCUCCACCCUGUUCCUAUCUCCACACACAGGCUUACCAAAGUAACUGGAAGUGACGUUAGACUUUGAGCCGCUCACGAGUUCACUCUGCAGUUCUCACAGCAGUUUGCCCCGUGGAGGGUUGGGAAGGUGUCAGUAUUCAAGUUGCUUGUUGACCAGGCUUUGUGCAGGAUUUGGUGCAUUUCAGUUAAUGUAGUACAAUACACAGUACUGUGUAUCAAAGCUAGCAAGAGCUGGUGAGAGACUAAAACAUGUAGCUAAUGCCACAACAGCGUUAGCUUAGCGUGAAGACUGGAAGCCCUGAGAAAUGUUAGCCUGGCUAUGUGUGUAAAAACCAGUCGUGGUUUUAGUACAUCUCAUUGGCUGUCCCACUCAGUCUUCAUAGUAAACUGGUCAUUUCCUUUGCUUUAUCUUCUUGGUUCUCGGUGUUUUGUAUUUAGCUGAAGCUAGCUAACUUUCUUAGCAAGCUAAAAAAGAGACAAGCUGCUAGCUUAAAAGUCUCGCUUUCUAGCUAGCUCUGUCCCUUUGCUUCCAGUCUUUUUGCUAGUCUGAGCUAACCCUAACCCUCUUAAAGAGGACCCGGCCUUCUGUAUCUUCAUGUUCAUGUACACAGUUACAUCUUGUAUACAUUCAGUCAUUAUUUCAAUCAGUUUUGCGGCGUCAUAACAAACUGAUCGACUUGAAGCCCGAGCAGUACAGGCGUUACAUAAACACGGGAUGCUGCCCCGUGGUAGGCUUCCUGACGUUCUGCAAUCAAUGGUAGUGGGCUUUCAGGGAGGGGAGGGGGUCUCGAGAGACGGAUGCUGAAACCGAGGGUGAACCGAGGGGCUCUAAAGUUGCCCAACUGAAGAUGAACUGAAAGCAGAGAGAGAUGGGUCCUCUUUAAGAAAGCGUUCAUAAUCCAGACGCUCAUCGGUCCUUUGACAGCUUUGAAACUGGACUUUCCCUGAAAGUUUUCCAUGUGCUGUUGUAAGCCAGGGGCAACAAGCCUCAUCAUCAGCUAUCCACAGUCUCUACUUUCCUAAAUUAUUAAUUGCGUAAUGCAGAAGCGGUCAGUCCAUCACAUUCACUGGGGGACCUCGAGUCUCAGAGAUUGACCGCUACACUGGUCUCACCAAAGCUGCCACGUUCUCAGUGCACUUGUUGAAUAUGUUGAACAGGAAUCUCACUGUGUCUGUAUCAAGCUGUCAUUUUACCAACUCUAGGUGCAAACUGCAUCUCUUUGUGUGCACAAAGUGGUAAAUCUUCUGUUUGCCAAGUAGCCUUUAGCUAACCUGAUAUGACUGCUGGGAAGCAGCCAUCACCACUGCCAGCCUAAGCAACAGCUACCAGAUGGCACCAACACAGGACCACACAACACUAUGGACUGAUGCAAUUCAGAACUGUGCCUUGACUAUGUUAUUGUUGUUAUUGUUGUCGAUGCCGUGUCUGUGAGUAGAGCACAGCCUCUCCAGUUAUAUGAAUGCAUUGACUUUGUUUCUGAGCUUCACCACGGGGGUGUGGCACCACCCUGAGCGGUGGGGAUCAGCUACCACACUAUUGGAACAAGUGUUUUAUUUUUCUUUCAACCAGUUUAAUUCAAUAUUUAUUUCGACGUAGCAUCAAUUAAGUCAUCUGUUCCAAAGUGGAGUGAGAAUCCCAACAAUCCCAGCGUUUGGUGACUGCAGGGAGGAAGAACUCCCUUUUAACAGGAAGAGGACUUCAGUAGAUCCAGGAUCAGGGAGCGGCACAGAGAGACUUGAUAACAAUAAAAAGAAUGAAAGCAGCUGUAUGCAGAUUUAAGGUGGAAUUCACCAGUUUAAUUAAAAAAAUCAAGUGAGUUGCUGUACUGAAGUACAAGUUAGAAGUAUUUACACUCCACUGCAUUCUCUCAUGUUACACUCCAGAAGCUACACGUCGUGGCCUCCGGCUCAUUUAUGUAGCUCGUUUGUUUUCAUUUGAAAUCGGCACAGUUCCAUUUUUAUGGAAUGAUUCUUCUACACAACCCUACAAAGGGUCAUAACGAGUACAGCUUUUUACACUGCAGUACCGCUGCUUUCAAUAUUUAGUUGUUUGAAGGCGUUGUUUGAUUUUGUUGUCCAUGCUGACAGACGGCUCUUCUUUCAUUACGUACUCAUUUCCCCUGUGAUGGAGCGAUGGGCUGAUUCCUUGGUUCCAUUAUGAACAUCUGUCUUAAAACUAAAACCUGCUCCAGGAUGGAUAAAUCGAUCUUGCACCUUCGGCUUUGAUGGAGCGCCUCGUGUGGCUCAUCUCACCGUGGUCGGUUUGGGAUCAGCAGGUUUCCAGUGCUACUUUGAUUUGUAGGAGCAUGCGGAGCUGGUUUCAUGUGUCGGUAUAGUGAUGAUUACUUAUAGUUGUGGUGCCUGAGACAGUGAUAUGUUUACUUAUUAUAAGACUAGUGAAAAGACCUUAAUAUACUCUGUCCCUACCACCCACUUGCCUUUUAUUUCCCUGCACAGCGAGGACGUGCAAACCAAACUAUUCAACACUGGCGAGGCUGUUAAAUGCUGUCUGUGGAGAGCAGGAGGUGCACGCAUCACUGUCAUUCUGUGAAGACGAUGCCUGAAUGAAAACAUGGAAAUCAAACAGUAUUGUAUGGAAAGAAGUACAAUUUUUACUUGUAUCAUUUUAGAAGUUUUAUUGUCAGUUACAUUUCAGAUGGUAUGGUAGAGAUGUAUCAGCGAGUAAUCCACCUCACACUCACUAGACUCUAGUGUUCUUCAUAAAGUGGUUCCUGUCACACACACACUCUUAGUACUCGGACCAUGCUGUUAUUGGUACCCUGUAUGUCUCGUGUCAUUUUCAUGUAUGGAUUGUGUCAGCUCUAUUAAACGACUAUCACAGA